GUUGUCCUGCCCGCAGGACCCCGCACCAGGAAGCUGAAGAAGAAGAAGACGGAGAAGGAGGACAAACGGCCACGCACCGCCUUCACGGCCGAGCAGCUGCAGCGGCUGAAGGCGGAGUUCCAAGCGAACCGCUACAUCACGGAGCAGCGGCGGCAGAGCCUGGCCCAGGAGCUGAGCCUCAACGAGUCCCAGAUCAAGAUCUGGUUCCAGAACAAGCGGGCCAAGAUCAAGAAGGCGACGGGCAUCAAGAACGGGCUGGCACUGCACCUCAUGGCCCAGGGACUGUACAACCAUUCCACCACCACGGUGCAGGACAAAGAGGAGAGCGAGUGACGGCCCCGCGCCGACAGGUGCCAGGAACACAGAGCUAUUGUCUAUCCAUAGUAUAAGGACUGCGAACGAGAAAAAAAAAUAUGAACGCUUACAAAAAAAAAAAAAAAAAAAAAAAAUUACUCUAUAUAGCCAAACAUAUGACCUUGUAUAUAUUUAAUUUCAGGUAAGAAAUAUGUGUAGCGAUCUCUAUUUGCUGGAUGGUUUCUCUCUCUCCUUUUCUCUCCCUCUCUCUUUUGUUCGUUUGUUGCUUUCCUUUCCUCCCCACGUCCGUCGCUCUUCGUUUUUGGUGUCCGCCUCCGCUCUUCCGUUCGAUCCUUAUUUGUGUGUGUGUGUGAAUUUCUGUCUCUCUCUUUCUCUCUCUCUUUAUUUUUAUUUUUUUUUCCCGAGGAAAAAAACAAAAAAUAAAUCUGAUCCACAGACUGCGAGGCUGAACUGCCGCUCCAAGCCAAAGAUUUUAUUAUGUUCAGAAAUCUGUAGUCUGAAAUAAAGUGUAGGCUGUGCUCAGCACGCGGCUGCCGCGGCUUCUUCUUUCGGUGUGUGUGUGUGUGUGGCACAAACACAUCUGUGCACGCACAGCGCUGCUGAGAUCCGUUUUGGUUUUUGGUGGAUCAGCGCAGU